AAGAAAACUACCAUUCAUCAUUUUCCUCCUCAUCCUCUUCUUCUUCUUCUUCUUUUCUUCUUCUUUUCUUCAUGGGUGGGCGGAGAAUGGCUGAGGCCACCGGAAAAAUGACCCAACUCUGCCGGAAAAUUGUGCGGGUCAAUAUUAGGGUUAGGAUACUAGACAGAGUAACGAUUUUUCAGAAGUUUUUUAGGUUCAUUUGGGACAGAAUUAUCGUUUGCUCCAUAGGGAAGCCAAUUCGGUACCACCGGCUGUCCCACCGCUCUCCUCCGCCAUCUCCGUCGCCUGAGACGAUCGAGUCCGGGUUGCAGUCGGAUGACCCGUCGACAGCGGCCGGAGAUAGCGAUUCCGAUUUAGUGAGCUUGAAGAUAUGUGUGAUGGGGGAUUGCCAAAUUGGGAAAACCAGCUUCCUCAUUAAGUAUGUAGGUGAUGAACAAGAAAAAAAAAGUUUAGAAAUGACGGGAUUGAAUUUAAUGGACAAAACAUUAAUCGUCCAAGACGCCCGAAUUGCAUUCAGCAUAUGGGAUGUCGGAGGUGAUCAUACUUCACUUACUCAUGUUCCAAUCGCUUGCAAAGACGCAGUGGCGAUCUUGUUCAUGUUCGAUCUUACCAGUCGAUGUACACUAAACAGUGUAAUUGGAUGGUAUAGCCAAGCAAGAAGGUGGAAUCAGACUGCGAUCCCGAUCAUGAUUGGAACCAAAUUUGAUGAUUUUGUGAAACUUCCUCCGGACUUACAAAGGCCGAUCGUGACCCAGGCAAGAGGAUAUGCCAGGGCUAUGAAGGCAACACUCUUCUUCUCGAGUGCCACACACAACAUAAAUGUGAACAAAAUCUUCAAAUUCAUCAUGGCCAAACUCUUCAAUCUGCCAUGGACUGUCCAAAGAAACUUAACUAUCGGAGAACCCAUCAUAGACUUCUGAAAUACUCGUAUUUUACACCACUAAUCGUUAUACGAUCUCAUUGUACAUAGCAAAAGAGAAGAAGAACACUGAAUAGUUGACCAUUUUUGGUAUUUGAAUUUUUUUUUUUUUUUGCCCAAAUUGUAAUAUUCAAUAAUUGUAACAAGCAUUUCCCUCUUCGUGUUUUUUUUUCUAAGGAAUGAAGUGAAGGUGAAAGGAUUACAAACAUCACAUUCUAGUCA